AAUAGAAAUUUUGUUAAAAAGACAUUUUUUAAAUCCACUAGUAAAUAAUAUGGCGGAGUUAAAGCGGUCUGCUUGUUUAUUUUUAAUCGUUGUAUUUUUACUUGUUUAUGGCGUGGUUUACUUCUUAAAUAGCGGUCAAACUAUUAAUAAGGGCAUAUUAAAAAAUGCUGAAUCUAAAUCAAGUGAAUCAACUGAACCGAAUGAAAAAUAUUUGCCAGCAGUUGAUAACAAAAGUCAACUGAAUGAAAAUGUUGAAGUCACAGAAGAGGAAUUAGAAGACUUUCACCGCAGUCAAAAUUAUGAAAAUGACGAAGAUACACAAAGGAAUGAUUAUUUAGAAGAAAAGGAGAAAGAAAAUCUUAUUCAUCAAGAUAUUAAAAAUAUGAAUAACAUUCAGGAAUAUAAAAGAAAUAAAAAUGAUGAUGAUAAUGUAAUAGACAGACUAAACCAAGUAAACACAAAGAAGGGUAUAUUUCCUGAACGUCAUACAACUGUCAUAGUUGAUGCCUCUGCUAAGCCAAAAGGUCCUUUAAUAAAACGCUUUCCUGGUGCUAUUAUAGCUGGAACUAAAAAAAGUGGAACCAGGGCGCUUCUAUCAUUCUUAGCUCGGCAUCCAUUAAUUCGUUCUGCUGGGAAAGAAAUGCAUUUUUUUGAUAAAAAUCAUACAUAUGCAAAAGGUUUAGCAUGGUAUUUUGAUCAGAUGCCAAUGUCUUAUGAGAAUGAGAUCACUAUAGAAAAAACUCCUGCUUACUUUGUUAAACCGAUGGUGCCAGAAAGAAUUUAUAACUUUUCAAAAAAUAUAAAACUUAUUUUCAUAUUCCGUGAUCCAGUUAGACGAGCUAUUUCAGAUUAUGCACAAGGUCUAGCAAAAAACAAUGAUCGAAGACCUUUUAGAGCCAUGAUUACCAAAAAAAGACAGCCAGAUGUAAUUGACCCAAGGUGUAACAAAGUUAACGUUGGCUUGUACUUGAAUCAUUUAAGAAGGUGGCUACAAUAUUUCCCUCUAAAACAAAUGCAUUUUGUUAAUGGGGAUGAUUUCUCGAAAAAUCCAGCCCCAGAGCUAAAACUUGUCCAGCAAUUUUUAAAUUUGGAUGUUUUAGUUAAUGAACAAUCAUUUGUUUUUAAUAAAACAAAGGGAUUUUAUUGUAUUCGUGUUAUACGUGAGUCUACCCAAGAAGAAGAAAUUGACUGUUUGAGUGCAACUAAAGGACGCAAACAUCCAAAUAUAAGUGACGAUGUUAUAAGACUGUUAACAGAAUUUUACAGGCCAUAUAACAGAGAUUUUUUUAAUUUCAUUGGGAGGGAUUUUGGUUGGCCAAGUUAACUAGUGCUUGUUUGUAUUAAAUCAAAAUAGAAAAAAAUGUCAACAUUUAGGAGUGAUAAUUUCAAGUGGCAAAUUUUGGGAGCAGUACAAAUAUUUAAUCAGCAGAUGAUUGUGAUUGGUUGUACAAACCUUUGUUUAAAUGCUCCUUUUUGUUUUAAUCUAAUUUAAAACCUGAGUUUCAAUGCCCUUUGCCUAGGAGACAAACUGAGGUAUGUACUCAAUUACUAACUAUAAAUUUUAAUGCUCAUUAAUUUUGAUAUCUUGAUGUUAAUGCUGUUUACAAUGAAUUUGUCUUAACUACCCUUUUUCUCUUUUUUUCUUUUUUUUUCUGGGGCAACAAAAGAUUGAAUAAACCAACUAAGUACAUUAUAGCAGACACUCUAUUGUUGUUAUAGUAUUUUUGGUGAAUUCUUUGUAUUAUAUAUUAAACAUAAUUAUUACACAACUGCACAAAGUUUAUACAUGCAAAAUCGUAUUUAAAUUUGUAUAAUAUGUUUGCUUUAUUUGUGGACUAUAGAUAUUUUUAUUUUUUUAUGUUAUAAUGUUUUGUAUGGAUCUUUUUUGGAUUUGUUAUUACAGUAGUCAAAGUACUUCAAGGCUGUCAAGUGCUAUAACGUUAUCUCAAAUUGGCAAAAUGUCUGGAGUAUUAGCAAUUUAGGUUGUGUUUGCUUAAUUAGAACUAUUUUCUUUUUUUUAAAAAAGCGGUAAGGAUUGGUGUGCACUACCUUCCAUACAGUCUGUUCUGUUAAUAUGCUUGUAAUUAAACCUGAACUCACUGGUUUCCAAUGUUUCAAUAAAGCAACGAGGGAAAUGUUGAGGAUUUUAGUUGAAGAAAUAAGAAGUAAAUAUUAGAGACGCUAUGGAUAUUAUUUCACCAAAUGGUGAUGAUGGUAUAUAUUUAUGUUUAUCCGGCAAAUAAAUAUGUGUUACAAAAUAGUGUAUAUAUAAUAUAGGAAUAUUAUGAAAUCAUAAACAACUAUAACACUCUUUUUUUAAAUCAAUUAGGAUUUCCAUUGUAUGUUUUUAUGAGCCAGUGAUGUUUAUAUAUGGUAAAAGUCAAAAAAGUUUAUACUCUGAUAAUGUAAAUUAAAUUAUAGUUUAUUAAAUACUUGAUAUGUGCCACCUGGUCUGAAACACUGAGUUUUCUGGCUAGUUCAUGGAAGAAAGUGUUUUUUUUUAAGUUUUAUUUAAAUUGGUGAUUUUUUUUUUGUAUAAGUUUGUUGAUAUUAUGAUAGUUACAGCCAAAACAUUUUUCUAUAAUCUUUUGCCCCUGAAAUAAUAUUUUAAAAUAGUGGCUUGCAUUGUUUGAACAGAAAAUUAGUGAUAAAUAUUAUGUAGGAUAUUAAGCCAUACGGUCACAAAGCAACACCAGCAGGCACAGAACGUUUUUACGUCUAGUAGUUUUAGUAGUGGUUGCACAGAAACGUAUUUACUAUUUUACGAUGAUUGCUAAAACUAAGGCCAUUGCAUUCCGAUUAUUACUGUGAGUACAAAUACAUGGAAACAGAUAAUAACAAAUAACAUCUCUUGUGUGGGUGAUUAGGGACCAAAUACUACCAAAACUGGUGCAACUCCUUAACAUUGGGUCAACCAUCCAUUUUGCAACCAAGGGGUAGAUGAAUGACAACAUUAAAUUUAAAAUUUUUUUUACAUUUUAAAUUUUUUUCAUCACACUACUCACAGCAAUAAGAUGCAACAUGCAGAGAUGUGUCACAAUAAAAUUGGAUAUUUAAGUAAUUGUAACAAAUUAAAUUUACUAUUGCUAAAAAUUUGUUCCGUUUCCCUGUUGCUGUGCUAAUUUACAAUUUUAUUUUAAAUGUUACAAUGCAUUAUUAUUU